UCAGGAACAAAAAUAACAUAACACCGGAAACGACAAAACAAUGGCGGGAUUAGAAUUAUUGUCGGAUCAAGGAUUUCGUGUUGAUGGACGAAGACCUCAUGAAUUACGGAAAAUACAGUGUCGCCUCGGCGUGUUCGGACAGGCUGAUGGUUCAGCUUAUUUGGAAAUGGGUAACACGAAAGUCCUGGCUGCUGUUUAUGGACCUCAUGAGAUCCGUGGAAGCAAAAGCAAAGCUCAACACGACAAAGUUCUUGUGAAUUGUCAGUACAGUAUGGCAACGUUCAGCACUGGAGAAAGGAAGCGAAGACCUCGUGGUGACCGCAAAUCACAAGAAAUGACCCUCUACCUUCAGCAAACGUUCAAUGCAGCCAUUAUGACUUCAUUUUAUCCUCGGUCACAAAUUGACAUCUAUGUUGAGGUGUUGCAAUCAGAUGGUGGUAAUUACUGUGCAUGUGUGAACGCAGCUACCCUAGCUAUCAUCGACGCUGGUAUUCCCAUCAAAGACUAUGUAUGUGCCUGCUCAGCUGGUUUUGUUAACGAGACCCCACUGGUAGAUAUGAGCUAUCUAGAGGAGUCGUCUGGCAUUCCUGAACUGAUCACAGCCAUUCUACCUCAAUCGGAGGAGGUGGUACUGCUAGAGAUGAACUCUCGUCUACAUGAAGACAACUUGAAGAAAGUUCUUAACCAAGCUACCAAAGGUUGUAAAGACAUUUACCAAAUCCUUAACGAAGCUGUACGGCAUCACUUACAAGAUGUUGUUCUUUCUGUUGGAAUAAAUAAUGAUUAAUUUA